AUGCGCUCGCAUGAAAUACCCGGCGCUCGUGCGCAAAAACUGAGUUCUCCUAGCGCGACACCGGAUGAGUUCGCCCGAGCCGCGUUGCGUCUUUCUUGCGCCGCCAUCGUGGGCGUACGUGCACGCGCGCUAACCCAGCCCCGACUGCGCCGGAAAGCGCUCUUCUAUAUAACCAGAGAGAGCUGCGAAGUCAUCGUUGACGUCUGUGAGUCAUUUAUUCAACGCAUCGGAUAUAUUGCCGCAAGGCUGGCCGAGCACAGCGGACGAUCGCAGGUUACUAUUCUGGACGUGCUCCAAACACUGGACGACUGGAUCGCACCGUGCGGAGGUGACAGCUUUCGCGUGUCGAGCCUCGUACAGUACGCCGCAAUCGAAGAACUGCUACCACCUCGUGAUUUAGAACCGUUCCCGCGACGGCGUUUGCCGCGGAAUGUGGAGCGCAAGACCCAGGAGCCCAGUGCUCUCGAAGCAGCAUGGAGCGCGGACGCGGACGCUCGUGAAGAUGAGCUCGCUACCGACGACUGUCUUCUGGAUCUCAACAGACUGAUGUGGGACAAACGCCUUGCAGGUGACGGUGAAGAGAGAGGUGAUUCUGAGGCGAUAAAAUUCAAGCCAGAGAGUGCCAACGAGCCCGGCAGCGGCGUCGUGAAGGAAUCCGGAACCGUCACAGCGUCAGACGCUUCAUCAGACGAGAGAAGCCGAAUCGCAGAUGCGACGCUACCCUCCAAGAGUGCUGGAGAUAAUGCUGAUGCACAACAGAACCCUGAACAGGCUCGAGUACAUGGUGCAUGCAUCGAACGAUGGAUGCCGCCGUUCCCACCGCUGCACACCUAUAUGGAUACGCCAGUCUACGCCGCUCCGGAAAACGAAUCGGAAGUGGACAAGUUGCGCAGGCUCAAUGAACAGCGAUUACAAGUGGAGAACGCAUUAGCGCGUGCUCGGGCUACCGGGUACCGACCUAUCGAGAAUCCAUACCUUCAGUUACCCACGGUUGGGCGCGAUGUCACCAAAGCCAUAGAUAUGCGGCCUGAAAGCCGACAGCAAGUACAUGCAGCAGUAGGAUCGCGGACGUUAUCAGCGCGAGAGCCACUGGAAAGCGAAAUUGUCACAGCCCGUAUUCGACCUUCGAAUCAAGAAGUUUCCGACAAGGCUGAGCGCAUUCUUGCGGAAAGCGGCGGGGUCACCGAAUCCGCACUACCGUCGUCUGAGUACAGCACAUGA